GUAGGCAGGUUAGGCAAACACAAAUUCAACGUCCCAGAUUUUGCUCCCACGGCCUCCAAAACCAAAACCCCCCCAUGCAUCUUCAAUGCUACCUUCUUCCCAUUGCCCAUUACAGUAUUACACUCCCCCCUAUAAUAAAAGUGCCCCAUAUGGGCGGCUCAACCUUGUCUCUCUCCUGUCCCCUAAAUCUUGGAACACCUGCCUUAAUACUGCUCUUCAUUCUCCAGACACUUUCCUUUUCAUCUGUCCCAAAUGUAUGCCCCAACCUAAUUAAUUAAUAAAUAAAUUAACAAAUCAGCCCCCUUAUAUAACCCUUCCCACAACUUCCAUUCAAACUCAUCUUUUCCCACAACCCAAUCUUGAACAACAAAGCAACAAUCUUUUCAUCUUUCAAGCUUUUUAAGGAAGAAGAAAUGGAAGGUGUGGUGGCACAUGAGAAUGAUCUGAGCCUCAAAGCAACUGAGCUUAGAUUGGGGUUGCCUGGAACAGAAGAAUUAGAGUGUCAUGAUGACAAUGAAAUAGUCUCAACUGCCAAGAACAACAAGAGAGCCUUACCAGAAUCAGAUGAUGAAGAUGAUUGUGAAUCAAAGGCCAAUGUUUCACCUGCUGCCAAGUCACAGAUAGUGGGAUGGCCACCAGUUAGAUCUUACAGGAAAAAUAACCUCCAAGCAAAGAAGUCAGAUGCUGCAGGUGAGCAGAAUGGAAUGUAUGUAAAAGUGAGCAUGGAUGGAGCCCCUUACCUUAGAAAGAUUGACUUGAAGAUGUAUGGGUGCUACCCAGAACUCCUAUGUGCUUUGGAGAACAUGUUCAAACUCACAAUUGGUGACUAUUGUGAAAGGGAAGGCUACAAGGGAUCAGAAUAUGCCCCUGCCUAUCAAGACAAAGAUGGAGACUUGAUGCUUGUUGGAGAUGUUCCAUGGGAGAUGUUCUUGUCAUCAUGCAAGAGGCUAAGACUAAUGAGGGGAUCAGAGGCAAGAGGUUUGGGAUGUGGAGUAUGAAACAAUGCAAAGACACAAGCCAAACUCAGCUGAGCCAUUAGAGCAGUAAAACAUCUCUCAGAGGAGAGGGAGUCUUUGAAAGCUUGGAUCCUCAGAAUAGAAGAAGCCCAGAAUUGUUCUGAGAAUAUUUUUGUACCCUCUGAAACACUUUUCCCUGCACUGCAAUUGUAAUGUUUUUGUUGCUUUGCCAAAAGCAUAGCAAGAAAACCAUGGAGGUUUCAUUAUCCUAUGAUAUUAUUUUUGUUUUUUUUUUU